ACUAGCAAAUCCGUUUUAUUUUUAUCAGGCACUAAUUGGCUAUAAUUGGUAUUUGACAUUUAAAAACCCAUCAAAAUAUAAUCUAGUUUGUGUCCACACUAUGCAGAGAAAUGUGGUUUAAAAAUGUACAUGCAAAUGUCAUGAAUAUUUAUAAGCAUUGAUGCAUUGUGGGAAGUAAACAUGGAUAGAAGAAGGUUACAAAGAAGAAGGUGUGCAGAAAUAAAAAGGAGACACAGAUACUUAAACUUUUUAAGACAUCAGAUGCGCAUUAGAACAUUAUUAUGUUUAAGUGUUAAUAUUCUGUUGAUGUCAAAUGCACUGGUAGAGAGGAAUAUUUGGUCACGAGAAAGGUCGCAAGAGUGGUGGUUUAGAACACGUGGUUGGACUAAUCAGGAUUAUUAUAAUAAUUUACGUAUGUCCAGGGAUACCUUUGUGCACAUUUGCCAUAUUCUUUCACCAUACAUUAACUGUCGGAAUACUCACUUAAGAAGAAGCAUAGAUGUUGAAAGGCGUGUUGCAAUUACAAUCUGGAGACUGGCAACUAACAUUGAAUACCGAACACUCUCACAUUUGUUUGGAAUAGGGCGAUCAACAGCUUGUACUAUUGUACAAAAAACAUGUCAAGCCAUAGUGCAAUAUCUUAUGCCACACUUUAUAAAAAUUCCAGCAGGAGAAGCAUUCAAUGACAAUGUUAAUGGAUUUUUUGACAUGGGUAUGCCGCAGUGUAUAGGAGCUAUAGAUGGAACUCAUAUUCCAAUUAUAGCGCCCAUUGAAAAUCAUGCUGACUAUUUCAACAGAAAAGGAUUCCAUUCAAUCAUUCUACAAGCUGUAGUUGAUCAUGCUUAUCAGUUCAUGGAUAUCUAUGUUGGCUGGCCGGGGAGUGUACAUGAUGCACGAGUGUUUGCAAACUCACCAAUAGCUAGAAAACUGAGUACUGCAACUGCAUUUGAUAACAGAAUGGAAAAUAUCAAUGGUACUCAGGUGCCUUACUACAUCAUAGGUGACCCUGCUUAUCCAAUUCUUCCUGUUCUCAUGAAGGCAUUUGCAAAUACAGAUCAGUUAACAGAUGACCAACGAAAAUUUAAUAUAACUUUAAGUGGGGCCAGAGUUGUUGUAGAAAAUGCGUUCGGCAGACUUAAAGGGAGAUGGCGGAGCUUGAUGAAAAGAAACGAUGCAGAACUUGAUAAUGUAAUAACUGAGGUGGCUGCUUGCUGCACUUUGCACAAUAUUUGUGAACGGAGUGGAGAUGCAUUCAAUAAUGACUGGAUUCAGCCAGAUGACCAAGUACCAAAUUGUCAACCAUUGCCAAUCAACAAUCCACACCAUUCUACAGACAUUCGCAAUGCACUGGUUCAGUGGGUUUCAACACACUGAGAGUGAUCAAACUAACUAUAUCUGUAAUGUGUAUACCUUUUAAUAAUUGUGUACAUCUUGGAUAUACUCGAUUACAAAAGUGAUUACAAAAGUAAAAAAUAUGAUCUCGAUCACGCAUAUUAUACCUGAUAUUCAGCAUAUUAGUGUCAAAUUUGCUAUGUUGAAUAUCAGUACACAUGGCAUACAUGUAUACAUUUUAAAUGAAAUAAUGAACUGAAAAACAAAACAUGGUAAACAUGCAGGUGUAUAUUAUCAACGUAAACUGCUAUAUUUCAGACAGAAAAAUUUCUCCCUUGCAAAGUCAUUAUGUUCAAAAUGGAUGAUAUUCGUCAUACAAAUGUUUGUUAUAAUACUGGAUUAGUCAUUAUUAAAGUUUGCUCUCUGUUUAUUAAUGUUCUCAUAGAAAUAUAAACUAUAGCUUGUUA